AUGCCAAAAGAGGAAACAAAAAAAGAAGAAGCGGAGGCAGCAGAAGACGUUAAAACAGAAAAUCCAGACGAAGACAAAAAAAAUGUCUCUACACCUUUAACUCUACAAGAAGCACAAGAAAAACUCAACCAACAAGUAGGAUUUGAAGAACAAAAAAGUUUUGUUUUAGGGGAAAUUAACGCUAGAUCAUUUUUAGAAAAUCGCUCAAUCGAGCAAAAUUUUCCUAUUUUUUGUUUUGUUGGUCCACCAGGAGUAGGAAAAACUACCUUCGCUCGAACCUUGGCUGAGGCAUUAGGCAAACCCUUUUUCCUUUUAGCACUAGGCGGCGAAUCAAAACCCUCAACCUUGACAGGAAGCACAACCGAAUCCAACCGAGCCGAAAUUGGAAAAAUAGCCAAAUACUUAAUCCAAGGAGAAAAAUCUGAUCCAUUCAUUUUGCUUGAUGAAAUUGAUAAAACUUCUCUCCAUGACACUUUAAAUCCUUUCCUUGAUCCUGCUCAGAACCAGAAUAUUCACGAACAUUGUUUAGAGAUAGAACUAGAUUUUUCCAAAAUUACUUUCGCUGCUACUGCUAAUGAUCCAAAAAAAAUUCCGGAUUACCUUCGUUCGCGGAUGAUAAUUAUUGAAUUAAAAGAAUAUACCAGCGAACAAAAGAAAGAAAUUGCUUUUAAUACUUUACAAAAACUAGUUGAAGAAAACAAUCUUUAUCAAGAUGACCAGCCUCUUUUGACUAUCACUGAUGAAGCUCUUGACAUUUUGAUAAGUAAAACUCACGAGAAAGGCGUGCGACAACUAAAAACAGCAUUAGAGAACAACAUUUUUCAAAAAGAUAAGUUAGCAAACAUUGUUGAUAACAAUAACCAAAACAAACUGAAAGCAAGCAAAUUUCGUACUCUCAAUACGAUCCAAAGGGCUCUAAAUGAUGCCAAUUUCGAAAAAGAUGAAAAUAUUUUAGAAAACUACGACUACAAAAAAGAAAUUGACAACGCCACUUCUCCUGAAGAAGUUGAAGCUAUUCGAGAAGAAAUUUUACUGAGAAUUACAGAAAAAUCUAAAAAAUACAAGCAAAUUCCAACUGAAAAAACAAAAAUCAUAAAAAAUUACUUCAAUGAUAAUAAAAAACCAACUCAAGGCAACAAUAAAACACUAGAAAAACUAGUCCAAGAACUAACUAAAAUGAACGGCAAUAAAGACAGUAUUCGAAGUUUGGAAGAACAUGAUGUCAACACUGGUGAAAAUGGGGUAGAAAAAGAGGGAAAAAGGGUAAAAAAAAGCAUUAAUUAUCAAAAAGAAAUUAUUCAAAAAUUUUUAGCGAAAAAUAUCUCGGCUGGUCUUCGCCAAGAACUUAAUUUAACUUUUCAAAAAUGUUGUGAAUUAGAAAAAAUCGCACCUAAACUCGAAAGUUUAGCCCAAGAAUGCGAAAAGAAACAUCAAGCUUGUCGCGGAGAAUUUGUUCGUGAAAAAGGAGGACGGCAAUUUAAUAUUUAUGAAUAUUGCCUUUGUGAUAGUUGUUAUAAAGAAGUAGUUGAAAGAGAAGAAAAAAUUGAAAAUGAUUACCAAGCCAAAGGCUUAAAUAAAUUGAGUGUUUUGAAUGAAGAAAUGGUUGGUCGAGUUGCCGCUGAAAUUGGAAAAUUUGAGAAACACCAUAAAGAAAUAAAAGAGCAUUUAGAAAAAAAACUAAAAGAAGAAAGAAAUAAUUUAAGUCCUUCUCAAAUAGAACACUUAGAACAAAGAAAAAAAUUGAAAAUUGGCAAAAAAAAUAAGCCAAUUCAAGCGGGAGAAUGGCAGACUGGGUAUGCAGCUGACUGUAGAUCAUUAGAAAUAUUAACGGCCAACUUAUCAAAGUCAAAAUUGUCGAAACCGAAGCCUACAUUGGAAAAAUUGACCGAGCUUGCCAUGCUCACCAGGAAAACAGGAGACCCUCAAGGGGUAUUAAUUCGAGCAGCUGAGCCGUUGAAUCAUCAUACUAUCCCAGUUAUUUCUCAACAAGACGAAAGAAAAAAAUAUCAUUAUUACACUAAUGGACCGGGAAAGUUAUGCCGAGCAUUAAAUAUUGAUAUAAGUCUCAAUGGGGUCGAUUUAACUACUAGCGAUUUAAUUUAUUUAGAAGACGGAUCAGAAGUUAGCAAAGAUGAAAUUGUUAUCACCAAAAGAGUUAAUAUUGAUUAUGCGGGAGCAGAUAAGGAUCGUUUAUGGAGAUUUUAUAUCAAAGAUAAUCCAUUUGUUUCCAAAAAAUAA